AGAUGGAUGAGAGGGGGAGAAGAAAGAGGGGGCACACAGAGAGAGGAGGGGGGGAGUCAGACAGACUGAGGAGGAGGAGGAGGAGGAGGAGGAGCAGGAAGAAGAAGAGGAGGAAGGAGCAUCAGGACACACAGACACACAGACCGUCGGCGGAUCACGGAGUCUCCGCCGCCGCCUCUGAGCCGCUGCAGCCGGACACAGAAGCAGCAGACCCGGCUUCAGACCGGAGCCAUGGCCGCCGAAGAGAUCCGCCCCACGGCCUGCACCGGCUCCAGCCUCCUGCAGCCGGUCAGCGAGAUCACCAACCUGCCCCUGGACCAGGUAAACUUUGUGGUGUGCCAGCUCUGCGCUCUGCUGUCGGCAUUCUGGUUUCGUCUCUUCCUCCAUCCCAGUAAAACCAGUCCCUUCAUCAGGCAUGUGGUGGCCACCGUGCUGGGGCUCUACUUCGCUAUGUUCUGCUUCGGCUGGUACGCCCUUCACUUCCUGGUUCAGAGUGGACUCACCUACGGCAUCAUGAUCCUGACCGGAGUGGAGCACAUGCACAAGUACUGCCUCCUGGUGGCUCUCAGCUAUCUGAGUCUGUGCCAGAUCACUCGAGUGUACGUCUUCGACUACGGCAUGUACUCUGCUGACUUCACAGGACCCAUGAUGGUGAUAACACAGAAGAUCACCAGUCUGGCCUUCGAGAUCCACGAUGGCAUGGCACGAAAAGAGGAACAUCUCACCCCGGGACAGAAGAUUUUGGCGAUAAGGAGGAUGCCCAGUCUGCUGGAGUACUUCAGCUAUAACUGUAACUUCAUGGGGAUCCUGGCGGGGCCCACCUGCUCCUACAACGACUACAUCGCCUUCAUCGAGGGAGACCCCCGUCGCCACAGAGACCUGGAGGACAAGAAGUCCUACGCCAAGCUGAGACAGAGCGAGCCCUCGCCAAAUACCGAGGUAGUCCGGAAAGUGGCCACCUCCUUCUUCUGCCUGCUGGUCUUCCUCUCCGUGUGUAAAGUGUUCCCCGUCGAACGAAACAUCGACGACGACUUCAUCGCCAACACGCCGUUCUACGCUCAGGUGGUCUACCUGUACCUGUCCAUGCUGACCACCAGACCCAAGUACUACUUUGUGUGGACGCUCGCUGACGCCAUCAACAACGCCGCUGGCUUCGGUUUUAACGGCUACGACGAUGACGGCUCUCCUCGCUGGGACCUGAUCUCCAACCUGAGGAUCCUUAACAUCGAGUUAGCCACCAGUUUCAAAGUUUUCCUCGACAACUGGAACAUUCAGACGGCUCAUUGGCUGAAAAGGGUGUGCUAUGAGCGAUGUCCCUACCACCCGACAGCAGCUACCUUCAUCCUGUCAGCCAUGUGGCAUGGAGCUUAUCCAGGCUACUACCUCACCUUCCUCACCGGCAUCGUCAUCACGCUGGCUGCCAGAGCGGUUCGACACAACGUGCGGCCGUACUUCCUGCAAUCAUCCUCACACAAACUGGUUUAUGAUGUCAUCACGUGGGCAGCCACUCAGAUCGCCAUCUGCUACACAGUGGUGCCUUUUGUCCUGCUGUCUGUGGGUCCAUCCAUCAAGUUUUACAGGUCCUGGUGCUUCAGCCUCCAUUUCGGCUGCAUCCUGCUUGCCGUGGCACUGCCAGUCAAACCGAGACAUCUCCGCCUAAAGGACCAGCAGAAGAACCUUCUCCAAGAACCAGCCCAAGUCCAAGGCCACCUAGAGGCUACAGACAGCAACUACAGCGGGAAGGAGAAGACCACAUGAGGACAAAGAACAGUGUUGUUAUAUUUUCAUUAACUUGUAUAGAAAGACAAGGAGGCGGAUCCGGACCUUCCUCUGAGUCUGAGUGCAGACACACGUUGGUCAUGGAGUCAAAAUACUGUAUUAAAGGGAUUCAGGGGACAAGAAGGUCUUUGCAUUUGAAGGCUAGUAAAACUGUCUCAACGAGGACGCACGACUGCCAGGAGAGUGUUUGGACCCAAACUCCACAAACCAACACACGGGGACGUUUUCUUGGAUGAGGCUGCAGAUUGAGAGGAAUCUGCGAUGACGACGGAGGAUAUAUAAAUACAGAACCCUCAUGUGGAGAACCCACGUGAGGAACAUUUCAAACUGCCCUGAACUGUUGUGGCCAUCUUUUCAGUGUUUACCUGACUCAGUUUCUGUUGACUGAAUGAACAAAAGGGAGGUGAAUGAAUAGAAAAAGAAGAUGAAUGAUUUAAUGAAAGCACGUUGAAGUAAAGUUAUAUUUGAAGAUGGAGGAGUAAGUGAGGGAGUGUGCGAGUGAUCAGGCCACGAGUCGGUGCAUUAAACGAGUGAACGAAUGAUCAAAGAGGGUUCAAAGAUUUUUCACCUCCACAUUCCUCCCAGGCUGAUUUCACAGAUUCUCAUUGUGCUAUAAUCUUUAAACCACGACUUCACAGUAUUCAUAGAGAUGAGUUUUAAAAAAGUGCCAAUGAUUAUUCCACUCAGUCGCCUUAUUUGUUUUGUUUUCUACCAGAAAAAGGAAGAAGCGCCUUUGCAGGAUCAGUAUUAACUCUUUCUUGGUGUGUGAGUGCUGAGGAGGGUGUUGUGUUUACAUUUGUAGAUGUCACUUUUUGUCAACCUGUUAUUUAUGUAAUUUAUGUGAUUCCAAACAGACUUGUGGUUUGAUGUAAGACGUUUGAAGAAGAGGAAACCUUUCACAACAUUUUAGGAAAUAAACUCAAACUCUAAAAUUGAA